AUGACACCCCUCGGGGGCCACUCCCGCCCGCCUGCCGGCCGCUUCCAUCAGGCAGAAGAGGCCGAGAAAGGUGGUGGCAGCGGCGGUGGGAAGAGGAGGAAAGUGGUGCACGGAGAAGGGGCCCCUCCGAGCUGGUGCAGCAAGGAAAGCUUGAGGCAGAGCAGUGGUGGGCAAAGCAGAGAUGCGCUGGCAGCUUGGGAGAAGGAUCCCCCGGCCCGGGAAGGCCUCCUGCGCAGCCCCAUCCCCAAACCGGAGAGGACCGGGCACCAUUCGAAACCCCACGGCGCUCCCGGCGCACCCCUGCCCAAGUCCGCGGGCGGGCAAGAUGCCGGGGCCGCUUAUCCCGUUGCUGCCGACCAGCCUCGUCGGGUGAACGGAGUCCUGGGGGGCUCGGUGGUUCUCUCGGCAAGCCAAGCCGGGUCGGGACCAGCGCUCCUCAUUGCUUUGUUUCGGGAUGGCAAAUUUGACCGCCCGGAUCCCAGCGACCGGUUCGAGGAGAGGAUUGAAAUGUUCAACGAGACGCUGAGGAUCAAGCCCUUGGAGCUGAACGACAGCGGCGUCUUUGGGGCCCGGGUGAAGAUCUUCCCGGCCCUUGUGGAGGACCAGCUCUUCCAACUGAUGGUCUACGAACCUGUUCUGACUCCCCGCAUCCAGAGCCAGCUGAUCUCCAGCACGCCCAGCGGAUGUAACGUGACGCUUCAGUGUCUGUCGCCUGGAAAGGGCCGCGUGAACGUCACCUGGAGGAAAGGGAACCCGAUCCAAGACCUCGGCAGCACAGACAGAUACCAGGUCUCUCCCGACGGCAGGACCCUCCGGCUCUCUUUGCAGCCCACCUCUCUGAACACGACCUACUCCUGCAUGGCCAGCAACCCCAUCGAGCACAAAAUCGUCUACUUCGACCUGCAGAGGAUCUGCCAGAGCGGAGUGGACACGUCCUUCUCCAAGUCUGGCUACAUGGUCUUGACCAUCGUCCUCUUGGUGCUCAGUCUCGGCACUGCUUUCUGGUGCUGGCGGAUCAACAGUGAGAAGUCGGCCCAGGCAGCAACCAUCCCCACCGUCCAAGUGGAGGAGAGCCCUUCAGACGCGCAGAACAGCGAGGUCCCAAAGAAGAGCCCCCCAGAAGUCCCUCGGUCUCCAGGAAAAUAACGCACAAAGAAGCCCCCAGAAACAGCCACUCAUCACAACUGUUCAU